AUGGCAAUCAAACUCCCAAGUUCCGUCCUCUUCGAGGCACUUCGUCGUCAUGACAAGGCUUCCACGGCAAUUGUAGACUCUGCGUCUGGGGAGAUUAUCACUUAUGCUUCUCUAUUGCAAGAUGUAUCAAGUUUAAAGCAUCAACUACUCCAGGAACUUGACCAGGACGAUAUCUCUGGCGAGCGCGUGGCGUUCAUCGUGGAGAAUGGUUAUAACUAUGUUGUCACGCUUUUGAGCAUUCUUGCAUGUAAUGCGAUUGCCGUGCCUUUGGCACUCUCUUUUCCUGCAUCUGAACACAGACAUGUCAUCAACCUCAGUCAGGCAAGCAUCUUGCUUGCAUCAGACAAAUCCUUGCAGAAGGCCAGGGAAGUGAUAGCCGAAGGUCUCGAUGUGAUUCCAGGUCUUCACAGUGUAAACGAGAUGCUUUCUCGUUCUCGAGAGAACGACAUCCCGUAUCCGGACGUACUGUAUACUGCAGACGCGGGCAUCAUGUUGUUCACCUCUGGCACCACAGCCAAGCCCAAGGGAGUCAUGUUGUCUGACGCCACGCUGAGUGCUCAAGCCCAGAGCUUGAUGGAGGCAUGGGACUAUACGUCUUCGGACCAUUUACUGCAUGUUCUGCCACUCCAUCACAUACAUGGCAUAGUCAAUGCUGUCCUGACACCACUACUCAGCGGCAGUUGCAUCGAGAUCGUGUAUCCCUUCGAUGCCGAUGCUGUCUGGAGACGACUCUCUGUGCCUUUCUUGGAAAACCAGGAUAUCAACAACGACAAGGAAAAGUCUCUGUCUGCAAGGAAGAUGCCGCCAAUCACGUUCUUCACUGCCGUUCCCACUAUCUGGUCGCGUAUGCUAGAGACCUAUCCGUCGUUGUCGCCCGAGAUCCAAGCCGCAGGCAAGGAGGCCAUCUCCCGCAAACAUCUCCGACUCAACAUCUCCGGCUCUGCAGCACUACCCAAGCCUAUUCGUGACGGAUGGACUGAGCUCUCGGGUGGCAACGUUCUGCUUGAGCGAUACGGUAUGACUGAAGUCGGCAUGGCACUCUCUUGCGGUCUAGACGACAACGACCGCAUUGAUGGGUCUGUCGGCUGGCCUCUUCGAUCGGUGGAAGCUCGCCUUGUAGAGACGAACGCUGCCGGUGUUCAGCAAGUGAUCGAGCAUGGUGAGGAGCUUGACGUCGUGACGGGCAAAGAACGCCAAGGUGAGAUCCAUUUGCGUGGUCCCACUGUAUUCGAUGGAUACUGGAGAGAUCCAGUCACAACAGCAAAAGAGUUCACUCAGGAUGGGUGGUUCAAGACUGGAGACAUAGCAACUCGACGCCACGUAAACGGCUCAGGACAAGGAACGUCCGGCUCUUGGGCAACUGGUCCAGCCUACUUCGUUCAAGGUCGCCAAAGCGCCGACAUCAUCAAGACCGGUGGCGAGAAAGUGUCAGCACUGGAGAUCGAACGCGAGAUCCUUGCCCUGCCAGAAGUCAGAGAAGUAGCUGUACUGGGUCUCCCAUCGCAGAUGUGGGGUCAAAAAGUUGUGGCUGUUGUCGUGCUGUCGGAAGGGACGGACAGCAAGCCAUCUUGGGAAUUAGCAGAUCUGAGAAAGAGUCUCAGGAAUCGUUUGGUCGGUUACAAAAUUCCUCAGGAUCUUGUGGUUGUACAGACGAUCAAGAGGAAUGCGAUGGGAAAGAUUAACAAGAAAGAGCUUGCUCUGGCCGUGUUCGGCGAUGCUGAGAAGAUCAGGAGAAGAAGUGUGAUUGUGCGUGAGGAACGGAAGUUGCUGAGACAAUCUGUAGCAUAG